AUGGAGAUCGCGAGCAUCGUUACGUUCAUCCUCCUUCUAGAAAUGGCAAGAAGUGAAGAAGUCGCUACGCCGUCAAGCCAGCUCCAGCCAAGGAAUUUCAACCAUCACACCUACGAAGCAAAACUGAAGAGUUUAAUGGGCCCAGUGCCAACAAGAAAGGGUCCGGUGCUGUUCCCCAACGACGUGCCGCCGGUGGACACACCCGAAAUAGCAACCUCGAAACCUUUAUACGAACCCGUUGCCCAUCAGUCUGGGAAACUGCCAACUUACUUCGCCCCGCUCACUAAGUACGUGCCAAUGGUGUUGGGCACGCUGGCCCCUGAUACGGGCAAGUCCACGCUUUCCUCCGGGAGAAACGUCAUCGAAGAUUACGCAUACAACAGCGCGCCGUAUACAGACAUCGUGAAGAAAUCCGUCACCGGCUUCGACCUGGACGGGUAUCGCACGUAUGAGCAAUCCACUUCUCUUCCGCCAAUUUACAAUGCACUCUCCGAUCACGCGGAGAGAAACCUGGUAAGCGCUCAGCGGAAUAAUCCUCGCUACGAUUAUCAGCCGAAGAAAGAAAUACAUCAUUACGACAACAAUGAUGUCUCUGAUGGAGGAAAUAACUCUGAAAAUCUUGAGGACAAGGGCUACGCCUUCUCGUACACGGUGAGGGACCAGAAGACGGGAGACGACUUCUCUCACUCGCAGCGUAGCAGCGGCUCCGCUACGAACGGCGAGUACAGGGUGCGACUGCCCGACGGCCGGACCCAGAUCGUCUCUUACACCGCCGACGAGAACGGCUACAAGGCGGACGUGCGCUACGACGUAGACAGCGUCAACAGCGUCGACUACGGCUCGGACAGUUCGAGGCACAGCCCUGAGCAGAGCUCAAUCAAUCAAAGGUACAGCCCUGACCGCAAUUCCCUCAAUCGGGGGUACGAGCAAAACGUUUUCAAUCAAUAUAACACGAAACAGCCCAAGCAGGAGUACAGCAAAGAAUACUCCAACGUACCAUCCAAAGAAUACCACGACUACUCAGUAGAAUACGACGGUAGCAGAACGCCGUACCGGAGCAAAUUCUCAGAGCUGUUCUCGGACAAAACGGGAAGUGGACUGGAUUGCAGCAGCACUACGCCUCGGCCGAGUUAUAUCGAACUUGGGGAUGUUCUCUCCAAAGCGUUGCCUAACGUUACGCCUAAUUUCUAUAACCAUCCUGACUCCACUGAUGGCGUCCGUCUCGACGGUGGUGCCAAUAACGCUUUGCCAGAUGUUAGACCAAAUUUUUACAACUACCAUGACGCGGAGAGAGAGGGAAGAGGUGCCGGCAACACUCAAUCAGACAACCCUCUAGACAGUUUCGUGGCUUCAACGCCGAGAAGCUAUCUCGUAUCGACGAUAGCCAGCUUAAGGGAUAGGGCAGCAAAGCCCAUCCUCUCGGACAGCUUCAUAAGUCGAAUCAAUAAGUAUUUAUCUUUCAAA